AUGGCAAGUCCUGGGAAGACAAGCUCUGGUGAUGAUGCUCUGUUUUGUGCCCCCCAGGAGCUGCCCAAGAUGCAAACAGCCCUCCUGUGCCUGUGCCUGCUCAGCAUGGCCAUCUCGACACCCGUGCCGCCGCCACCACUGCCUGGGAGAGCUGGUGGGAACUGCGUGGGACAGCACCGGAUACUGCUGAAAGGCUGCAAUGCCAACCAUGGCUUCUACAUUUUCAAAUAUGUCUACUCCUUUUUGACGCAGAGGAACCAGACACAGAUAGAGAAGGAAGAGGCCAACAGCCAGAGCACCGGCCCCGUACGUCAGCUGGGUGAGGACGAUGCCAGGCGGGGGCCGACAGAGGAUGGGGCAGCCCCGGAGCAAGGUAGUGAUGGUGGCACUGAGGUGAUGGAGAAUGAGACUGGCUUCAAGACUGAAAACCACAGCAUCACGAGCGUUGGUGGGGAUGCCCGUGGUCCUCGCCCGGGCACCAGCACACAGGCACGCAGUGGUGUUGGCAUCGUGGGUCCCACCCCAGCCAGCUCAGAGGGCAGCGGUGACCUGGAUUUGGUGGUUGAAGUUGAUGGUGGUGUUUCCAUCCUCCCCCAUGGCGGACACCCUGGCGGGGCAGUGGUGGGGAACAGGUCAGGCAUCAGGAGCAGGGAUGGCGAUGACGGUGCCCCGAUUUGGGUCCCCAUAGAGGGGCCUAUGACAUCUGGGAGGGAGAAGGCCCUCACCACUGGAGGGGCUGGGGAUGAGGGCAGUGGUGAGGCCACCAUCCCUGGCCGAGGGCAGGAGGAUGCUGUGCAGGGCGCAGGGACAGGAGGUGCUGCUCUUUCCUCUGUCACUGAGAAGACGGAGGAUUUUCAAGUUGACGCCAAAGGUGUGGAUGAAUAUGCUUACAUUCCUGAGUCUGGCAGCGUCACCAUCACCCAGGGAAAGGUGGGCAGCACCAGCAUCACCCAGAUCUCUCCGAAUGCAGACGACGAGGUCAACAUCUUCAUUGGGAAGGCCAACAUCCGUGUGGGGGAACGAGAAACCCCCCUGGCCAGUGCCACUGUUGGUAGUGAGGAUGACAGCAUCCUCACCAUGGGGACCAGAAGCCCCACACCCAGGUUGGAUGUUGCCACUGCACGUGGUGGUGAUGACGAUUACAAUACCCCUGCUCACAGGCAGCCUGAAGGACCAGCCACUACAGCCACCCCAAGCCAUGGGGACAGAGUGACCAGCAACCCUGCAGACAGCCGUCCCACAGGAGAUGAUGAGGAUGGUGCCACCACUACCGGUGAUGGGGAAGGACUGGUGGCCCCCAGCGCCUGGAGGGUUUCUGGUGGGCAUGUUACUGUCCCCAUGGGGGCUGGUGGCCGUGGGUAUGAUGACAAGGAGGUGAGAGGUGAGGGGCAGAGGUCCAGGGGGAGGCUGGGCCGCCCGGCUGUCACCACUCCCCACCAGGAGGGUGACAAGGAGGCUGCUGCUGCUGACCCAGCCAAGAGGGCCAGCAUCCACCUGGGGACCACUGUGGCCUCCCCUGGGACAAGCGAGGGAGACUGCACCACCACCCUGGGGACAACCAGUGGCCACGAGGGAGGCGGGAGCACCGUGCCUGGGAGAGUGGGGAGUGGGGAAGCAGGGCUGGCCAGCCUCCAGCCCCUCGAGGAGAGCCAGCCUGGUGCAGGGGCAAAGGUCCAGCCAGGGGGAGUGGGGCUGAAAAAGCCCCCCAGAGUGGACAAAGCACUGUCCCCACGCCAGAAAGCUGGCGGCCAGGCAUCGAGCAAGACCCAGGCGAGGGCUGGCAGCCGUGGCAGUGAUGCCGGGGGGAAGCCACACACCGCUGAAGUGGGGGGCAGCCCCCCUCUGCAGGUAGGGCGAGCCGGGGGCCGCGUGGUGGUGGGUGAGGGCUGGGAGCGGGACCGAGGUGAUGAGGCUGGGAUGAAAGCAGCGGGCGAAGGGCAGGAGCAGGGCCGAGGUGGUGAGGCUGGGGUGAAAGCAGCGGGCGAGGGGCAGGAGUGGGGCCAAGGUGGUGAGGCUGGGGUGAAAGCAGCAGGCGAGGGGCAGGAGCGGGACCAAGGUGGUGAGGCUGGAGUGAAAGCAGCGGGCGAGGGGCAGGAGUGGGGCCAAGGUGGUGAGGCUGGGGUGAAAGCAGCAGGCGAGGGGCAGGAGUGGGACCAAGGUGGUGAGGCUGGAGUGAAAGCAGCGGGCGAGGGGCAGGAGUGGGGCCAAGGUGGUGAGGCUGGGGUGAAAGCAGCAGGCGAGGGGCAGGAGCGGGACCAGGGUGGUAAGGCUGGAGUGAAAGCAGCGGGCAAGGGGCAGGAGCGGGACCAGGGUGGUAAGGCUGGAGUGAAAGCAGCGGGCAAGGGGCAGGAGCGGGACCAGGGUGGUAAGGAUGGAGUGAAAGCAGCGGGCAAGGGGCAGGAGCGGGACCAGGGUGGUAAGGCUGGAGUGAAAGCAGCGGGCGAGGGGCAGGAGUGGGACCAGGGUGGUAAGGAUGGAGUGAAAGCAGCGGGCAAGGGGCAGGAGCGGGACCAGGGUGGUAAGGCUGGAGUGAAAGCAGCGGGCGAGGGGCAGGAGUGGGACCAGGGUGGUAAGGAUGGAGUGAAAGCAGCGGGCGAGGGGCAGGAGCGGGGCCGAGGUGGCGAAGCCAGUGUGAUGGCAGCAGGGGCUGGGGGCAGUCGCCUUCCCGGGCACCAUGGCCGGAGGCCGGGGGCUGCAGCACCAGGGGCAUUUACGGCAUUGGGCCGCAGCAGACAGGUGGACCAGGUGAGACGUGCCGAUGAGCUCCAUGUCCGGGAACGGGCCUUUUACACCCUUGGUGGGGCAGGGGGUGGCCCCCACAGCCCCUACACCAGCCUUGGGAGUGCCGACAGCAGCCAGUCCUCUGAGGGGGAGCAGGGCAGUGACAGCCGACAGGUGGGACAUCGGCCCUCAGGGUUGGGGGCCCCGGGUUACCACCACAACCGCUGGAGCCGGGGAACCCUCUGAGGAGCUGCUGGUGUCUGCUCCAGCAGAGGAGCUGGUGGGUCCCACAUGUUGUCCCCCACCAGCAUCCCUGCUGCAGGUGCUACUCAUGCCUGGGCACCCCGCAGAUUGCUGGGGGUCUCAUGGUGGCUCGCAACCCAGGAGCCAAAAAUCACCAUUUCAUGCAAUCCUGCUGUUAAUUUUGAGGGGGGGCUGCAUCUGGCACUGGUCCAGCGGUGCAUAGGUUUGCUGUAGAUAAGGCGUGCUCAGCAGCCAUGGAACAGCAGUCACGCUAUGCGGCAUUGGGUAGUGGUGGUCAUGCACUGAUGUGAAGCGAGUAAAUAAAGCGUGAGGA